ACUUUUUCACAAACCCGGACAGUGACCGUUUCACAAUAUUAGUUCCCUCUCGAAGUAAUUUUUGGGAAAUCACUAAAGUUACUCAAGCCCCCCCUCACGAGUUUACACUGACUUCCUCUUGUCUGAAAGUCUACUCCAUGAAAAACAAACCACUGAGCUUUUAAUAGUCCUCGUGCUGACUCCUCCCCAUUGAGUUGUCCUGGGAAACACUAACAACUCUGAGAAAGUCAGUCUUGUUCCUUGAAGAGAACACUUUUGGUUUGAAAACCUGAUCGCUGCGCAACUUUUCACUCCUUUUUUGAACAUCCAAAUACUGCGAGUUCACCAACAGGAGGAUUAUUAUGUGUUCAGAACAUUCCUUUUCAUCUUCUUCACGCUGAGCUUCAAGUGCUGAAGUGUCCAGGGACAUGAAACUCAAUCCACAGCAAGCUCCAUUGUAUGGUCAUUGUGUUAUCACAGUACAGCUCAGUGAUGACGAGCUGGCUGGUAGUGAGGAGGGCGUGGACUACUUCCUGCUGUUCGCUGGCAGUACACAGAGGCACCUGACCAGCACCCUGAGGAGCAGUCAUGACACCUUGCAGGCUUUGUGUCCCGCUCAUGACUGCUGCGAAGUGGUGCUGGUCACCUUGUGCUCAGUCACCCGAGGUGUCCCCGAGGAGCCACAAUCCCAUCUGGUUCACGUGGCGCCAUUCGCCGAGCAUCGAUUCAGCUUUGUUCAGGAUUUGGCGUUUGACAUGGCCCAGUUCCUGGUGAGCACUGUGGGCCGGGCUGAUGGCCUCGAUGGGGCGCUGUUGCUGGAUGAGUGUCAGAUUCCUCUGCAGGAGUGUGAGCGUCUGGAUGAGAGUUUGGCACUGGCCCUACACCACCUCAAACUGCCUACAGGAUGGAAUUUACUGGGGAACAAACGAUCCAACAGCACUGAUCUGAAUCCUCAGGAGACUCUGCUGCAUUUCUCAGCACGUCGAGGUCUCUUUCAGGUUACACACUUCUUGCUGCAGCAAGCUGGGGCAAGAGGAGCCCUUCGUUUGGCCAACAGGCAAGGCGACACCCCGUCCGCCGUUGCGGAAUUACGAGGGCACAAAUGCCUCCAUGAGCUCCUCACAAAGGCUGAGACCGAUCCGGAGAAGGACGAAGAGUCUGUCGCUGUCCAGCAGGUCUCUGAAGACGUUCAGGUGUUUUGCCACCUUCCCAAACUGAACACACACACGUUGACACUGAGCAUACACCCUGGGCGUGACACACCGUCCUUUCAGAAGAGUGUUGAGCAGCUGCUGCACUUGAUUUGUCAUCUUCAUGCCAAGGGAGUUUCUUUACUGAAGCUGCAGUUUGAUUCUCUGCACACUGCUGCUGAAUGUUCUGACGGUGUCAAAGCAGACUUAACAUGUCUGGAUCAACUCCAGCAGUCUGAUACGGCGUCGGAGUGCCCGGAUACAACAACACAAGGGAGUUGGUUAGAAAAUUGCCCAGUGGAGAGCAGCAGCACUGUUGAUUGUAGACACAGUGAGCCUGGAAAUGCAGAGAAAGACUGUAGUUUGACUGUGAGUACUCCAACAUCACAAGUACACCCCCAGGAGCAUGGCCUCGUUCCCCCAGAGGACUGGGUGUGUUCAAACACGGAGAGAGAUUACUCCAAAGCCGAGGAGGAGGAGGAACAGGAGCGGCCUGUUGUUUCCAUGCAGGGUUUGAGUUUGUCUGACAGGACUGAAGGAGUACAGAGUGAGGCUGAAGGGAAAGGUCUCACUGUGGGAAUUCUACCACAGGCAGGCUGUGGUAAACAGGCAGAGGAAACUGAUAGAGGAGAGGCUGUGAUCCAGGAAGGACAGGAGGCCAAGAAGGGAGAGGAUAGAUCUGAGCAGGAAGCAGAGGACAGCACAGCCAAGAGGAGGGAGGAGGAGAUCAGCUCUGAAUUAACAGAUCUACUAAAGGCCAGCGGAGACACAAACGAGUCAAUCAUGGGCCAGUCAGCAUCAUCAUCAUAUUCUGAGGUUUCAGACAAUUCUGAUUCUGAAGUGAAGGAGUGCUCCCAAGAAGAAGAGAAUGUUGGGAAAGAAGACGCGAAACACAGCCGGGAUGUUUGUAAUGUACUAUCUCUAGAUGCAAACGAGGAAGAGAGUGAAGGGUUAACAGACACUUUAUCAACCCCGAUGGACCUCCCAGACCCAACGCUGAUAGAGUGUGGUGAUGUAAUCAAGGAGCCUGAACCUGUUCCAUGUCUGUUGAUAGAAGGUCUCCAUGAAGGGGAACCUCUACCAGACAUAAACAGCCUGGAACAAAACCAGGAAACAGCUGGUAGGGAUUAUGCUACAGAGCAGGAGUGGGGUUUGGCAUCAGAAAGUGGUUGUCAUUCUGGGAGUUGUACUGACGCAGUUGGUGGAAAAGAGCUACACAGUGAAGACGUAGUAGAACCCUCUGGAUACAGUAUUGAAAGCAGAAUUUUGCCUGCGGAAGAAGUUGACAGUUCAGCUGUCUUUUUGGCUUUCAGCGACAUCGUAGUAGAUACACAGACUGAUAGUUUUGACUGUGAGCCGUUGCCUGACAAGAUGCCGACUGAACGACAAGCUGACCGUGACUCAGGUACGGCCCACGGACUCUCCAGUGAUGACGAUGGCAGUUUCAGAUCAGCUGGAAGCUCUACAACAGAAAUAUUCCAGCCCGCUCAUGGCAGCAUCGCUAUGGAGGAUCAGGACUUACUUCAGUCAACGAUAGUACGGCAGCCCUCAGCUGGAUUUGAGAUUGAGGCCCCCAGUGAUUUUAAACCUAAAGAAACCUGUGAACAUUUCACAACUGUGGAUACAGGACUCUCAUCGGAGCCUGACACCCAUCUUGAAUCAGAACCCAAACUCUUGAGCUUGGAUGAUUUAAAUUCUGAAGCGACUGGGAAUCUAGCCCCAGAUCUUUCCAAAGAGGAUCUGUCCUUUGACUCAGCUGGGAGUGAGGAUACUCCAGCAGCACAGGUGGAGGAAAGUGAAACUGAGGAGACCAAUAGCUCUGACCUGAAUGUAGGGAUAGAGCUUUCAGCAUCAGGAUUGGGCAGCGGGGUACUUACCGAAACUGAGCCAUCUGUAACAGAAGAGAGCAAAGUCACCAACAUAGUUGAAGAGGAUGUUCAACGGACCAGUGAGACAAGUGAUAUGCCUGUGGUAGUGGCAGCAGAUGAGAGUGGAAAUGUUCAACCUAAACAGGAUAAUUCUGAGAUAACUGCAGAGGAAAGGCCACCUGAGAAUCAGAUCACUUUGUCUAUCCCACAGGAUGACAUUGUGAUUUCAAAUAGUGCUGAUCUAAGUUCGGAAAUAACGGCACUUUCACCUAAGAGUGAAGGAUCCAUAGAACUUCAUACUGAGAAUCAGAUGACUGAAAAUCCCUCUGAUUUUGUGGAUGGAUCCUUGGAGAGCUGCAGCACUAAAGCUCAAGAGGUGGAUGUCAUCAAGUCUGAAGACACUUUAAGUGAUGCAAGGGAGGAACAAAAUGGCCCAGCGGAGGGAGCAGACUUCUCCACGAUCCACCGAGACAGAGAGACGUCGUUCCAUCAGCCUUGCAAUACUCAGCACUCAGGAUCCUCAGAGUCUUCAACAUUUUCCAGUUUGCCCAGUAGGACCAGCAGUGCCACCAGCUGCCCCUCUUCAGCUCACAGAGACUCUGGCAGUGACAUAGAGAGCUUCCUGAACACAGAACCCGGAUAUGACAGCAUCUUCAGAAAGAAUGAUGAACCUGUGACUGGAGGAGACAGUGCCAGCGAGGUUUCGGUCUCCUGCUCUUCCACAGACGACACCGCCAGCGUCGGCCCGACCAGCUCCAGCCCAGAGGGCAGCCAGGGCCUGGGCUGCAGCUGGAGUCCAGAAGAGGGCAUCCAGACCGUGGCACCUACCACUGAAGGACUGGACAGUGAAGGUGGAGAAGGAGGAGGGGCAGGAGAGGCUGAAGAAGAGGCCAAAGAUAGAGUAACUGAGGUGCCGCGGCGUUCCUGUCUCUUUCGUAACAGUAACCGUUCCCUGUCACCUCUUCGCCGCCACAGCUGGGGUCCUGGAAAGAACAACGGAGGAGACGGAGAGAUGAACCAGAGGAGUUCCACUCGUAGCUCUGGUGAGAGGAAGCCGGCCUUUCACAGGAGAAGUUACAGCUUGGAGGGGCUCAGUGGAAGCCCUGAAGAGCUCAGGGGCCCCACCAGCCAGGGGCCCCGUAUCCUAGAACCUAUAAGGAUUCCCCGGCAAGACAGCGAUGACAGAGGCUCUUUGGUUUCUCUGACAGAGGAACAGGAGGACCGGGGGGAGUAUAGCAGAGUGCAUGACCCGAAAUCCAGACGAUAUCGGCCCCUGCGAAACAGCUGUCCUCCCAUGAGUCUGCCCCUCACUAAGUCUGUAUCUAUGCUGGCCAUCAGCCAGAGAGACAUCGAUGCGGUGGGACGCCUGAGACGUAAGAGGCGAAUUUCCUUCUCUUUCAACCUUUCCCCCAUCCUCACCAAAUCUAAGUCUCAGUUCAUUUAUGGGGACUCCUCAUCUAGUGAUGAUGAGGAUGACUUCAGUAUGAGAUUUUCCAGCACCUCUGGGUCACUAGCAUACAGUAUAUCAGAGGAGGAGCCUGGGCCUCUGCGGAGUGACACAGAGGGAAAGAGUGUGACAAAAGUUAGCCGGACCUUCAGCUACCUCAAGAACAAGAUGUACAAAAAGACCAGGGAAAAGGAGCGAGACAAACGGGAGAAGGACAAGGAGGGCAAGGAGAAGGACAAGAAGAUUGUGAACGGUCAUGUUUUUACACCAGUCAGCUCAAACCACACCACCCAGUGCUCCCAGUGCAAUAAAGGUUUUAAUGGCAAGGAUGCGUUCCAUUGCACAUACUGCAAUGCUUCCGUCCACAAGGGCUGCAGAGACAGCCUGGCUGUUUGUGCCAAGGUGAAGAUGAAGUUGCCCAACCAGCAGUUUGCGGUACCAGAUUCGAGCUUGUUUCCUACAGUAACGAUGAGGAACAAACCUGGUGGGACAAAGGAACGCCCCUGGUCGGCCAUCUUGCCCCCUGAGGACCAUUCCACCUUAAUGAUCCCAUCACGGAGACACACCAACAUCAUGACUUUCACAGGAAACAACCUCUCCAAGAGUCUCUCAAUAAGCAACAUUGCUGGUCCGGUGUUUGACGAGAUGCCCAUUAAAGGUCUGCGGUAUCUCUCUCAGUCCACCGACUCGCUCAACAGAACUAACCAGGUCACAGAAUCCAUGGAAUCACUUACUGAUGAAGGAACAGAAAUGAUGGAUGGGCAGCUGAUGGGGGAGUUUGAGGCCGAGGCCAAAGAGCUGGAAGCAGACUCGUGGAGUUUAGGUGUGGAUCAGCAAUACCUGCAGCAGCUGGACAAAGAGCUGGUGAAGAGACAAGAUGUCAUCUACGAACUGAUGCAGACAGAGAUGCAUCACGUUCGGACGCUGCGCAUCAUGUCAGAAGUGUACAGCAAAGGCCUGCAGAAGGAGGUUCAGCUGGAGCAGCAGAUGUUGGAGAAGCUCUUCCCCGUUCUAGAUGAUCUACUUGAGCUCCACACACAGCACCUCCUGCGCCUCCUGGAGAGGAAAAAGGAGAGCCAGUUAGAGGGAAGAGUCUUUGAAGGAGGCUUCAUCAUCAGCAGGAUAGGGGACAUCCUGGGUAGCCAGUUUUCGGGAUCAAAUGGUGAAAGCAUGAAGAGGGUUUACGGAAGAUUCUGCAGUCGCCACAACGAAGCUGUUAACUUCCACAAGGACCUUCUAACCAAAGACAAACGCUUCAAAGCGUUCAUCAAAAAAAAGAUGAGUAGCAGCAUUGUGCGGAGGCUUGGCAUCCCAGAAUGCAUCCUUCUUGUGACCCAGAGGAUAACGAAGUACCCCGUGCUGAUUCAGAGACUGCUGCAGCACACUAAAGAGAGCGACGAAGACUACUUUGACCUGACGGAGGCUAUUCGACUCGUGAAGGAGGUGAUAGCGGCGGUUGAUAGCAAGGUGAACGAACACGAGAAAAGACGGCGCCUGAAGGAAUUUCACGGCCGUAUGGACAACAAGUCGAUUAUGAUGAUGAAGAACGGGCAAAUUUUCGCCAGGGAGGAUCUGCUUAGGAGGCGGCUGAUCCACGAUGGAGCGCUACAGCUGAAAAACACCCAGGGAAGAUUAAAGGAGGUUCAUGCUCUGCUCCUAUCAGACGUCUUCGUCUUCCUCCAAGAGAAAGACCAGAAAUAUGUCUUUGCCAUGCUGGAUCAGCGCUCCACCGUGAUCUCCCUCCAGAAGCUGAUUGUCAGGGAGGUCGCUAACGAAGAGCGCGGCCUCUUCCUCAUCACGGCAGGCAUAGAGAAGCCGGAGAUGAUGGAGGUCCUGGCCAGCUCGAAAGACGAACGCAACACCUGGAUGCAGCUCAUCCAGGAAGCCAUGCAGUCUAUGGACAAGGAUGAGGAUGAAGGGAUUCCCAGUGAGACAGAAGAUGACAAGAGACAGCUAGAGACUAAAGCAAAGGAAAUGAGAGAACUGUUGAGGCAAAAGGAUACAGAAAUCAUGUCUCUGCUGGAGGAGAAGGUGCGGCUUUUCAGAGGGAUGUGGGAGGGCGUGAGCCCAGGCGAGGAGGCCUGUCGGCAGGUCCAACCUUUCUUCAGGUCACCCUGCAGCCUGGAGCCGCCUGGGGGGGCGUCCAUCAUGAAAGAUGCCCUGCAGGAAGUGGAGACGUUACAGACACUGGUGAAUGGCAGCCUGGGCGGGGCCAUGGCCAGCGUCCAGGAGGGAGGAGGUGGUGGUGGUGCGGGGCCGGUGUGUUUGCCCCGCAGGGCUGAGACCUUCGGAGGCUUCGACAGUCACCAGAUGCACAGCAGUAAGAGUGGAGACAGAGAUGAGAGUGAGGAUAUGGCGGGAGACCUGCGCAGGACUGAGUCCGACAGCGUUUUAAAGAAGGGAGGAAACGCCAACCUGCUGCAGCUGCUGAAGAGGAACAGUGAGCAGGUCCUCCACAGUGUCUCCAACCUGCAUCUUCUGCUAAGCACUCUGCAGGCAGUGGUAGUCCAGCAGGACAGUUUCAUAGAGGACCAGCGGCAGGCCCUGAGUGAGCGCUCGUCCUCUUGCACAUCGUUAUCACGACCGUCCUCCCGGCCCAGCUCGCUGAUCGAACAGGAGAAGCAGCGCAGCCUGGAGAAGCAGCGGCAGGAGUUGGCAUCCCUGCAGAGACAACAGGCAGCUCAUGCUGAGGAGAAGAGGAGAAGAGAGAAGGAGUGGGAGCUCAGGGAAAAGCAGCUCGCUGAGAGGGAGGCACAGGUGCACGCACAGCAGGAGGAGGAAAUCCUGAAGCGGCAGAAGGACCUGGAGGAGGAGAAGCAGGAGCUGCAGAACAAGAAGGAGGAGUACCAGAAGGACCUGGAGAGACUGAGAGAUGCCCAGAGGAAGCUGGAGAGGGACAGGGAGGCUAUGCAGCGGCACCUCAACAAGAUGGAGGACCUGCGUCUAGCUGAGAGGACUCCCUCUACAACGUCUGAUGAGUUCGCUGGCAGCUCCCAGUCUCUGGAGCUGGACCCGCUGGAGUUCUCCUCCUCCUCUUCCUCCUCUCUGCCGAGGCUGCAGCCCCAGCGGUCCAAGCCCAAAGGGAAAGGCCUCAAUCCCUUUACCUCAUCCUCCACGAACCUCAAGGGCAGCGAAGGCAACAACCAGAUCUCAAAGAGCCUCCUGCAGCUAGCCAAGAACAAGGGCAAAGAUGGGAAGGAGAAGGAGAAGAAGAAGAAAAAGGCCAAAGGGGGGAGCGCACAGUCAGCAGACUCCCAGCCCCUUCCAGAGCCGCCUCUGGAUGGAGAGAUUUUUUUCUGCUGAGACAAGUGGCUCUCCUCCUCCUCCUCCUCCUCCUCAUCAUUACCAUGAACCCAUCAAACCACUCUGACAGUGGAAUGUGCUGCCAAGUAGUAACACAUUCACCUGCGCACACAGGCUUUUUGAAUCACCUUGAAAAGGCUUUUAGUUAAUUUUCCAUGUCAUAACAUAGAGCUGUUUAACAUUACAUGGAAGAAGAUACAUUUUAAAAUCAAAUACCACAGCUUUUAGUUUGUUGGGAAUUAGGAUAUAUUAGGCUCUGCUGUGGUGUGCGUUUAGGAUUCAGUUCAGUAGCUAAAGUGGGAAGGAUGGACUGGCUCUGCACUUUUUCGUUAUUCUAUGUCCAAAAUUCAUCUUUUCCUUUUCCAAAUAAAUGGUUCGAAUUUCUUCAUUUUGAAAAAUCAGACAUCUGUGACAGCUCAGUAUCACGCUGAAAGCGUUUCACAGCGAAUUGCCUUUCAGGCUCUUCCAAGUCUGUCAGGGGCUCGUGUGUUACGGCUGCCUUUUUUCCUAGAGCCCCGCACCAGCAGGCUGUGAUGUUAAUUUACAGAAGCAGGGCCUUUUCCAUGCGACUUUAACCACACGUUCAAGGACACAGACAAAUCCAAAUGCCACUGUGAAUGUCAGCGAGCUCCCUGUGGCACUGGAAACUCCUCACACCUAAUCAUAUUCAUUGACAGCUAAUUGAUGACUGAACCCACGGGGGGGGGGAACUUACGGGUCCUAGCAACAUUUCUUAAUCAGAGAGAGUCCAAAGCCGUUUCAGUGCUUCAGUCGCAGUGAAUCAUAGCCCGGCGUUCGCGUCAAGUGUUCAAAAAGCAGAUGCGAUUAGAUCCGCCGAGUCUGUCCCCAGUUUGCAAGCAAAAGGGAAUUGGCUAACUUGUGUAAUCCUUAAUGAUGACUUCAUGCCAUCAAUCAUGUUCCUUAAUGAGGUUUUAAUUUAUUUGAAUUAUGGCUAUCUCCAAUUUGGAGUGAAGCUCUUCAGAUGUGUAUUUUCUUAGACGCUCAGUAAUGAAAGGAUUGAGAGUUAUCUCUCUCUGUCUAAUGGCUCAAUUCAUAUCCUUUAGUGUGUUUUAGAGUCUUGGAUGGCUAUUGGCUCGAUUGUCGUUUCAUCUGCCUGUCAAUGGGCUUUUAUGCAGCCCUCAUCUUUCAUCUGAACGCCGACAAGCAGGGCUUUCCUUCGUUUUUUUAAUUGCAUGUAACUCUUCAGGUAGCAUACUAAUGGUUUCUGUGUGUUAAAGAGAUCAACUCUCUCUUUCGCCUCCUUUCAGUUCCCAUAAUAGAUUCUGCAGAUGCACACAGCUGCUGGUCGUAGGAACGGAGGCCGUUAAUUUACGGACAAAGCAACCGCUUAGAGGGAAUGAGAGUGGACAUUAGCUACAAAUAUGUUCUGUUGUUGUUUUGUGACUAAACCGACUCAGCAGGUAGCUCGUGAGUCUCUGAUCAUUUCAGAUUAGUCAGCACUCAUCAGUGUUUUUGAGCACUUUGUCCUAAAAAUGUUAACACGUUUAUUUUUAAUCGGUGUGAGAUACGAGGAAAUAUGAUUUCUUUUUUUUUAAUCAAGGGCAAAAUGAUCCAAAGACGGUUAAAGUGUUUAAGUGGAUUAAAUAAGGGGCUGUGAGCUUUUAUGGAGUUUUUCAAAGAUGACCCGUCUUAAUAUUUAAGACCUGCGAAGCUCACGCUGUGGGCAGGACUACCUGCGGGACAGGUAGGAAGGACAAAGAGACGUUUAAAAAGGAUCCUCUUCCCAUGAAAGGCAGAGCAGCAUUGCCGAACUGCUUCCUUGCUGCCUCUUUUUCUCACGUUUAAGUGCUUGUUUGUUAACUCGCUGUCUUGUGUUGAGGAUUUGACUUCACAUCCAGGCUGGUUUAUUAUAGUGUGUCUUGUAAGAGGCUUAUGCGGCCUGCCAAUUAGUUGCUUCAUGUCUUUUGUUUAUGGCUUUGGUGUAAUCCUGUCAAAGAAACGGAGAGGGGUAGACUUUUGGUGUUGCUUUAAGGUGUGUUUUGACCACUAGGGAGCACUGCACCUAUAACUAAAUAAUUUCCCUCCCUCACACAACAGCAACAACCAGAAAGUAUGAAACUGUUUAGUUUUUUGUUUUGUUUUUUUCCCCCUGUGACUCCUGCUGUGAGAAAUUGAUGUAUUUUUUUCUCAGCAGGUCAGAGAUAAUGUGAUGAGCGUGGGCUCUCACACUCUGCGACAUUUUUCCCCACGGCAUUUGUAAUUGACUGCAGAAACAAAUAAGUUGUCAGAGAUUGUAAUUGGUUAUUCAGUGUAACCAGUCAGCAGCAGCUUUAAUGUGGGGGGAAUAAAAAGGUUGGAGGAAGCGACUUGGCAGAACCACAGACCUCUGUAAGGGACAAUCAGCAGACACAAGUCGGGAAAAUGAACUCCCUCACCAGUGAUGAUGAUAAGCCUGUCCGAGAGACGAGUGUGUCCAUUAGGUGAACCCUGCGUAGCCUUAAAUCUUAAUGAUAAAAUGCACUAGAGUAAAACCCAGCGUCUUCUCAGGAGAGAGGAGAGCUUUUAUACCUCUGCUUUGAAAGGAAGGAAAUGUUUGUACUAUUCAACUGGUACACAGUUGUUUCGUUCUCAGCAAUGUAAAAAAAAAAGAAGAAAAAAAAGGGCAAAUGUGUAAAUAUGAUUUAUGUAUAAUACAAAUUACUUGUAAAAAAUAAUUGACUUGUGAUUUAUUGAAGCAUUUUGUAAGAAUGUUUUAUUUAUGUUUUAUUCUCACCAACAAGGUGAUAAACAAUGUCAAGGUGUAUUUCUCUCAUAAUAAAAAAAUACCACAAUUGACA